AUGAUCCAGAAAUAUACAUGUAUACCAAGCUCUGAAUAUGACGUGCUCGUGUUGACAAAUGGCUCAAUUCAGCAAGUGGAAAAUAAAUUAGAAGAUAUGAAUAAUCAAUUAGACAAGCCAAUUCAUGAUAACUAUAGAGUAUCAUAUUUUUCAAGUUUUGGUCAAUUAAUACAAUAUUUAGAUGAUUUUAGAAAAGAUAAGAGAAUAGAUGUAGAGUUUAAUGGUAAGAUAUUUUUCAUGUUUUUCAAUGGUUUAAGUUUCAUACAGGGGGUAAUUUCCGAUACAUUAGAUUAUUAUCAAAGAUAUAUAAGUGAGAAGUCUAAAGCGCACUAUGAGAUGUUGCAUAAGUUAGAGUACUUGAACUUUGAUGUCUAUAAAUAUCAAAAUAGAUUGAACAACUAUAACAAAUUGAACAAUUGUUAUUUUUAUUUUGACUCUUCAAUUUUCGUUGCUGAAGAUAUGCAUUUUGAAGACAGUUUCAACUUUUUAGUCACUAUAGUAAAUGAUGUUUUGAAGAAGAUAAAUUUCAUGGUGGGGUGUAUAAGAGGUAUAGUUAUUGAUGAUUUUGAUUUGCAAGGGGAGAAAGUUUUCCCUAUCCAUUGCUUGUUGCGUAACUAUCCCGGUAUUGAAAGAAUAGAAUUAUCCAGUGAAUCAUCAUUAAGUAUGAAAGACUUGAUAUUCUAA